AUGGAUUCUGUUGUCUCUGAAUUCGAAGGCACACUUCUAAAAAACCUAGACAUAUUCUCCUACUUCAUGUUAGUAGCAUUCGAAGCUUCAGGUUUGAUUCGCUUCGUUCUGCUAUUAGUCCUAUGGCCCGUGAUUCGAAUCCUAGACAUCGUCGGCAUGGAAGAGAUAAGUCUCAAGCUAAUGAUAUUCAUAGCAGUUGGUGGAAUUCAUAAAUCUGAGAUCGAAUCGGUUUCAAGAGCGGUUUUGCCGAAAUUCUACAUGGAUGAUCUUGACAUGGAAGCUUGGAGAGUGUUUAGUUUCUAUGAUAAAAGGGUUGUCGUAACUAAAAUGCCACGAGUUUUGGUGGAGAGGUUUGUUAAGGAACACUUACGUGCGGAUGAAGUUAUUGGGAGUGAAUUGGUUUUCAAUAGGUUUGGUUUAGCAACAGGGUUUGUUCAAAGUGAUUCUAUUACAACGGUUUCUGAAAGAGUUGCUAAAGUUUUUAAUAAUGAAGUUCCUACUUUGGGUAUGGCAAGGCUUAGUACUACUACAUCAAGAAAUCAUUCCUUCUCGAAGCUUUGCAAGGAACAAAAGCAGCCACCAUUUAUGAAAAACCAAAAGUACAACGACGACAAACUUCUCCGACCGCAUCCGGUGAUCUUCCAUGACGGGCGAUUAGUGAAGCGGCCGACGGCGUCCACUUCCCUACUAAUCAUUCUUUGGAUUCCCAUAGGUGUUCUACUAGCCAUACUCCGGUUAACCUUGGGAGCUACUUUACCCUUUUGGGCUAUACCUCACAUGUCAAAGUUAUUUGGUGGCAAAGUUAUUGUGAAAGGAAAGCCACCUCUCCCUCCUUCCACCGGUAGCUCCGGCGUCCUUUUCGUUUGCACUCACCGCACUCUAAUGGACCCUGUCGUCCUCUCCUCCGUCCUCAAACGUCAAGUUCCGGCCGUAACAUACUCCAUAUCUCGAUUCUCCGAACUCCUCUCCCCCAUCCCCACCGUGAGGCUAACAAGGAUGCGAAACGUGGACGCGGAAAGAAUCAAAUACGAGCUAUCCAAAGGAGAUUUAGUUGUUUGUCCAGAAGGAACAACGUGCCGCGAGCCUUUUCUUUUACGCUUCAGCGCCUUGUUCGCGGAACUAACUGAUAGGAUAGUACCGGUUGCGAUGAACUAUAGAGUAGGGUUCUUCCAUGCAACAACGGCAAGAGGGUGGAAGGGUUUGGACCCGGUUUUCUUCUUUAUGAACCCUAGGCCGGUUUAUGAGGUUACGUUCUUGAACCAGUUGCCGGUCGAAGCGACGUGUUCGGCCGGGAAGAGUCCACAUGAUGUGGCUAAUUAUGUGCAGAGGAUAUUGGCUGCAACGUUAGGGUUUGAGUGUACUAACUUUACGAGGAAAGAUAAGUAUAGGGUUUUGGCUGGGAAUGAUGGUGUUGUGUCUUGUACUUCAAUGGCGGAUAGAGUGAGGAAGGUGGUGAGCACAUUCAAGCCUUGUUUAGCAUGA